AUGAAAGAUCGUAUACAUAUGCAAGUUAUUUCUGAUAAUUAUCGUCAAAUACCAUCGGUUGCAUUUCAAAGAAGACAAAGUGUUCCGGUUAAUUCAUCCUUAAGAUUAGUCCAGGUUCUAAAAUUACCUCGACAAUGUCAUCAUCAAUCAUUGAAAAUUCAAUUAAUCGAGAGACAUCCAAAUCAAAAAGAAUUCACUGAUUUAAAUCAUCAGAAUGAUAGAAAACAAAAACGAAAAUAUCUUAAAUACUAUUGCGUAUAUUUACCAUUAUGUAUAUAUUUAUUAAUGAUUAGUCUAAUUUGUCUUGGUACAAUCAUUGCAGCAAUUGUUAUAGGAUUAUUAUCAUUAGCAAAAACGACAACUACAACGGCUACUACUACAAGCGAAAUAACAACAGUUACAACCACAUCUAUAAUUACAACAACACAAACAACAGCUAUUCCUUGUUCACCUUCAUGUAAUUCGGAACAAACAUGUAUACAAAAUGUAUGUACAAAUGUUGGAUAUCUUGCAUGUACAUUGACAUGGUCUCGACCAGGCGAUGGAGAUAUUGUAGUUACAACACCAAGUGGAAAAACUAUUUGCUAUACAAACAGGGGUCCUUCGAACGCAACUGAUCAAGGAGAAUUAGAUAGAGAUGAUCAAGUAGGUGAAGGUCCAGAAAAUGUUUAUUGGCCAAGUAAUGGUACACUACCACCAACAGGUACCUAUUAUGUUUGUUUUGAACCCUAUCAAUUCAAUAAUCCAAUUAUUAGUAUUAUCAAUCCGAUCACAGUAAUCUAUCGUAUCGUACGUCCAUCAAGUCCUACUCUUAUUUUUACACGAACUUUUACUUCUACUAUAACGAAUUCAUACAAUUGUAAUAUAACCUCAAAUACUCUUAUCGGUUCAUUUAAUUAUCCAUGA